GGAGCCGGUUAGCGAACCUCAAGAGUGUAGUGUGUGGAGCGUGGAGCGCGCGGACCGUGCACGCUUGACCGGGCGCCAGGGCCAGCUGUCUUAGCAAGGGAUAAAGGACAUUUUACCAACAAUGAGACAUGAAGCGCCCAUGCAGAUGGCCUCUGCCCAAGAUGCCAGGUAUGGCCAGAAAGACUCCUCUGAUCAGAACUUCGACUACAUGUUCAAAUUGCUGAUCAUUGGCAAUAGCAGCGUGGGGAAAACAUCUUUCCUGUUCCGUUAUGCAGAUGACUCCUUUACAUCUGCAUUCGUUAGUACAGUUGGGAUUGAUUUCAAAGUAAAAACUGUAUUCAAAAAUGAAAAGAGAAUCAAGCUUCAGAUUUGGGACACAGCAGGCCAGGAAAGAUACAGGACUAUUACCACUGCUUAUUAUCGUGGGGCCAUGGGCUUUAUUUUAAUGUAUGACAUCACAAAUGAAGAAUCCUUCAACGCAGUACAGGAUUGGUCAACUCAAAUCAAAACAUAUUCUUGGGAUAAUGCCCAAGUUAUCCUGGUUGGGAACAAGUGUGACAUGGAAGAUGAGCGGGUCAUCUCAACCGAAAGAGGCCAACAUUUAGGAGAACAGCUUGGGUUUGAGUUCUUUGAAACAAGUGCCAAGGAUAACAUUAACGUCAAGCAGACAUUUGAGCGCCUUGUGGAUAUCAUCUGCGACAAGAUGUCAGAGAGUUUGGAGACCGACCCAGCCAUCACUGCUGCAAAGCAGAACACAAGACUCAAAGAAACCCCUCCUCCACCGCAGCCCAACUGUGGCUGUUAAUGUCCACACACACACACAGGCAGCUCCAGGGGGUUUGGUUACCAACAAACAGCAUUUAUAAAUGGUUGAUUAGCCUUCAUUUACACUGCCUAAUAAUUAUAUGAUGAAAGUCUUUGAUGUUGAUGGCUCAUAUAUGCAUUCAAUUCCUGGGAGUUUUCCUGUGUUCAUAUGUGGCAAAUAUAUGAUCUUAAAUUUGUAAGGACUAUCCAUCUAUAAACAUCUGGUAUUUGCA